UUGUCUUUCUCUAUUAUUUCCUUCUAUCAAUCCAAUGAAGGUGGAGCGAGAGAUAGCAAUAAUGAAGUUGAUUGAGCAUCCGCAUGUCUUGGGGCUUUAUGAUGUCUACGAAAAUAGGAAAUAUCUGUAUUUAAUCCUGGAGCAUGUUGCCGGUGGAGAGCUUUUUGAUUACUUGGUGAAGAAAGGGCGAUUAACGCCAAGAGAAGCUCGACGAUUCUUCAGGCAAAUCAUCUCGGCCAUUGACUUCUGUCAUAGUUACUCAAUAUGUCACCGGGAUCUGAAACCGGAGAAUCUUCUUCUAGAUGAUAAGAAUAACAUCAGAGUGGCAGACUUUGGGAUGGCAUCACUACAACUAGACCAAUCACUCCUGGAAACAAGCUGCGGAUCUCCUCAUUAUGCAUGCCCGGAAGUUAUAAGAGGAGAGAAAUAUGAUGGCAGGAAAGCUGAUGUUUGGAGUGCAGGUGUUAUUCUUUAUGCUCUUUUAGUGGGGGCUUUACCGUUCGACGAUGACAAUCUUAGGAACCUGUUAGAGAAGGUCAAGCGAGGGGUCUUUCACAUUCCACAUUUUGUUCCGCCAGAUUGUCAGAACCUGUUGAGAGGCAUGGUAGAAGUGAAUGCUGAUAAGAGAUUAACACUAUCCCAAAUCCAGAGACAUCCUUGGUAUGUUUUAGGAACCAGAAACGAAAACCAACCAGAAUCGGAUAUUCCAAAGAAACACCAUAUCAAAAUACCUCCAAUUUUGGGUGAUGAAGAUGUUGACCCUGAUGUAAUAGGCAGUAUGACAUCUUUAGGGUGCUUCAAAGAUAGACCAAAACUUCUACGCAAUCUUUUAUCGCCACAUCACAACUCAGAGAAGGUGAUCUACUCAUUAUUGCUGGAUAGGAAACAAAGGAAGCCCAGCUUUGAAGAUGAGUUAGAAUACAGAACCAGAUCAGAUUCAGCUGAUCCGCCUAGGAAGAGAGUAGACUCAUAUCACAGAAGAAGAUCAGAAAGGAAAUCUUUUGAUAUGACGAGAGAUGGGUCCAUGUCACCGGCCAGGAGAGCAAUGUCACAUCACAACUCAGGUAGAUCAAGAAGCGUGACCAGUAGCCCUCUAGCGUCCCCCACCCACAGUCCUAGGCAGGUCUGCAGGCAGCAUUCUGGUAGCAGCCUGGUGUCGACAGGAUCCAGCACCACGCCUCCAGCCAGCCCGACUGCGACCUCACUGCAAGGUCAACAGCAGCAGGGCCAGUCGACACCCUGGAGGGCGCGACUGAACAGCCUCAAGAACACCAUCCUAGGAUCGCCGAGGUUCCAUCGACGCAAGAUGCAGCCGGCGGAACCGGAUGAACUCUCACUCACACCGGAUAACUCACCAGAAAUGUCCAAGAAGUCUUGGUUUAGUAGCUUUAUGGGAGCAGAAAGGGUCGUGGAUGAGGAGCUGUCGAUAGCUGUUCGAGAUAAAUCCAUCAGUUCAAUCAAGGCCGAAUUAGUUCAAGCGUUUCUUACAAUUCCAGAUAUGAGCCACAGCGUGCAUUCCACCACCUCCUUCAAAGCUGAGUUCAAGAGAGCUGGAAGCGGUGCCGUCUUUGCCAAACCCAUCAAGUUCCAGGUCGAGAUCUUGACCCCUGACGGGAGCGAGGCCGCCAAGGACAACAUGGUUCAUAUUCUACACUUCCUUCUCAUCUCAGGUCCAAUCAGGAGAUUCCGUCGGCUGGUUGAACUCAUCCAAACCCGUCUGUCAUCCUCCCGCGUCAACUCAACCGAAUCGCUUCCCGGCCCCAUCCGGUCAUCUUCGACGGGGAGCUCUUCCUCAACGAGUGUCGACUACGCCGUCUCACCCCGCCCCGUCAAUCCCUCCUUCAGCGAAGACGACGGCGAUGAGGUUUUUUCAGACGGCCGGUCGGUCUCUAGAGAAGGUCUGAUGGCCGACGCUGCCAAGGAUCGUGCCUGUAGUCAAGUAUCAAAUAGCAUUUGCUGAUGCAGCCCCACAUACUUGUUUUUGUGUCUGCUGUUAAUUUUUUUAUCAUGAUAGUAUGUGUUGCUUUCAUUUCUCCUUUUUUGAUAUAGUAUGUGAUUUUUAUACUAUUGCUGUAGCAUAUGUUGUUGCCAAAAAAAGUAUUUUGUUUGGAUGGCCAAACAUCAUUUAUUUGGAAAGUGUAAAGGGAAUGCUUCAUUUCUUUUCAUUAGACAUUGCAAUCUUGCGUAUAUAUUUUUCAUUGCAUUUCUGCCACCAGCAAACUGCCAUGUUCAUAGAGUGUAAAAGAAUUCCGACAGCAAAUGGAAUGAAUCAUGACGGAUACAAUGCUUGAAUAUAAUAGAAACCAACAGUCUUAGAGGUAACUUUUUUGGACAAAAGAUUUCUACUUUUUCAACAUAUUUCAAGCCAAAAGCAUCACCUUUGUAGUGUACAAAUAGUCCCAUUAGUAAUCCUUUCCCAGUAUUUUAUCUGUUCUAGUUGAAAUUCCCAUUGAUAUUCCAGAAUCAAUAAAGUAUGCAGAAGUCAUAGACUUGACAGAAAUACUAAGAAUUUUUUUAAUUUCUUGAAGAUUAGUCCACUAUCUGGCAAAAACUAUAUGGUAUACCUUAAGGCGACCGCACCCCGUACGAUUGGUCCGUGACCCAAUUUCAGAAUAAAAUGUUGUAGAAUUUGAUGCUAACAUUGAGAAUUGGAAUAUCUUACUGUCUAAUGUUCUAAAUAACUGUACGAAUACCUAUCUUGAAAUCUGUGACUAUGCUAUCAUCCUUAGAAUGAAAGGGAAUUUAAUAUGUAGUCGUAAUGACGUCAUAGCAGUUGUAUGAUUGGCUACAAUUUGAAACUAAUUU